AUGUCUAGCGAUUUCGCCAUCUAUAUUCGAGACAAGCUUUUCGACAGCAAAACAUCUGUCGACCAUAAAAUCUUACAUAGUGUAAACAAGAAAGGUGAAUUUGUUCUAAAGUUCUGUUUCUGGGAAUAUGACAAGAACCAUAAAACAUUAAGCAGAGAAGUCUUAAAAUUUGUCAAUGACAGACUUGUUGACAGAGAUGACGCCUCUUGGAGAGAUGAAGUCCAACAAAACUUCUUAGAAUGCAAAGAAGACACAUGCACUGUUCUUGAAGAUGAAAUAGAAAACAGAAUAGAAGAGCUAUUAAAGGACAAAGAACUUUUACAAAAAUAUGGUUCUGAGAA